UGGACUGUGAGACCUCAUGCAGCUCACCAAGGAAGUGGCACCUCAGAACGGUUCCUAUAAGUGCGUGAUCGACGAUGACGAAAGAAGAUCCCACCAACUCUCUGUAAAAACAGACAUGACUCUGGAGUCCGUAAACCUGUUUGAGUGGGCUCGGGGAGGUGAUGUGUCCCAGCUGGAGGGCUUGGUGAGGAGGAACCCAGGAGUACUGAGAGAACAGGAUGACUGUGGUGCCUCUCUGGUCCACCACGCUGCUGGUGCAGGAAACACCCCUGUUAUCAGGUUCAUCUGCAGCAUCACAGUCAGAGAUGGGUGGAAGGUGUAUGAUGACGAGGGGUCUAUGCCGCUGCACUGGGCCGUGGAGAGGAACCAGCCAGACAGCUGCAGGGCUCUGUUAGAGCUGGGGGCUGAACCUAACGUCCUCAACAAGGCCCUGAUGUCACCUCUACACCUGGCUGUUAGCCACACACACAACCAUCUGGUCCAGCUCCUGUUGUCUCACUAUAAGACAGAGUCUAACCUAGAAGGAGGUCUUGGCAACACUCCUGUCAUGUUAGCCUGCUCCAUCAAUAAUACUGAGGCGCUCUCUAUACUGCUGAGCCAUGGGGCGCGGCUCUCCAGUCAGAACAAACUGGGCCACUAUGCUAUCCAUGCAGCUGCCUUCGCAGGCUCAAAGAAAGCCAUGGAUGUCAUCCUAAAGGCUGGAGAGGAGAUGGGUCAUUCCAUAGAGGAACACAUUAAUUUCCUGGAUAAGUCAUACAGUAGUCCACUUCACCUGGCGGUCAGGGGAGGGAACAUGGACAUCAUCGAGUUCUGCAUCCACAAAGGAGCCAAGAUCGACCAACAACAGGUGGACCGGUCCACAGCUCUACAUUUUGCCUGUUCCCAGGGAGCUACAGAGGCAGUUAAACUGAUGCUGUCCUCCUACAGUAGACUGGACAGCAUCAUUAACCUGCCUGAUGGAGCCUGCCAGACACCUCUACACAGGGCAACUAUAUUUGAUCACACAGAAUUGGCGGAGUACCUCAUUUCGAAGGGUGCAGACAUUGACUACAUAGACAGUAAGGGUCUUUCUCCCCUGCUGCUGGCUACUAACUGUCUCUUCUGCUGCUGGCAGAUUCAGAGUGUUUAAUAGUAUCUGGCUACUAACUGUGGAGCCUGGAGAACUGUGGCUCUUCUGCUGUCCAAAGGUGCCAACGUGAAAAUAAAGGACCAAUCAGGGUGUAACUUCCUCCACCUGGCCAUCCUGCAACCCAAAGGCCUCAAAAACCUCUCCGGGGACGUCUUGCAGCACAGCAGUGUGAAGGAUCUGUUGAGUAACGAGGACAACGAGGGCUGUACUCCUCUCCACUACGCCUGCAGACUGGGCAUCCACGAAUCUGUCAAGAACAUCCUGGUUCUACAGGUCUCUCUGGACCGCAAGUCCAAGGACAAGAAGUCUGCCCUGCACUUCGCUGCCCAGUAUGGUCGUGUCAACACCUGCCAGCGUCUGUUGGAGACCAUCACAGACUCCCGUCUGCUGAACGAGGGGGACGAGAGAGGCCUGACCCCCCUACACCUGGCCUCUGGAGGGGGACACACCAAGGUGGUGGAGCUGCUGCUUCGUAAAGGAGCCCUCUUUCACUGUGAUUACAAAGGGAGGAGCUGUUUACACCAUGCAGCGUCAGAGGGGUACACCCAGACCAUGAAGAUCGUCCUGGCCACCAACAUCAAACUACUGGACAAGCUGGAUGAGGAUGGGAGCACUGCGCUGCACUUGGCAGCCCGGGAGGGCCACGUAGCAGCGGUGAGACUGCUGCUCCAGAGAGGGGCGGAGAUCAGCCUCAACAGGAACCACGCCUCCUUCUUCCACGAAGCACUACAACAUGGGAAGAAGGACGUGAUUAACGCCAUCAUCGACAGUGACAGAUGUACUCACAUCCUGAGUAUGUUCAAACGUGAUGCUGGCCAUCGUUGUCCAGUGUUGGACCUGGUUGACUUGCUGCCAGAGUCUUGCAAGUACCUUCUGGAUCGCUGCAUUAGAGAAUCAGACGACGAUACCAGAAGUCCUGACUACCAUAUCGACUACAAUUUCCAGUGGCUUCAGGCUCCAAUAGCACUGACGAAGCAUGCAAAGGUAGACAAAGGCCUGAAGAUCCAGCCUCUGGCCUCUCUGAAUGCCAUGGUGAAAUACAACCGCAUAGAGCUCCUCUCACACCCUGUCUGCAAGAAAUACCUGGAGAUGAAGUGGGUGGCCUACGGGAGCGCUGCACACCUUCUGAACCUGUUCGUGUACCUGCUGGGUCUGCUUCCUCUCACCCACCUCAUAGUGAGCCUGAGACCCAGCCUGGACUACACCGGCCCUGACAACACCACAGCUGUCACCACGGUGCCCAUUUCCUUCAGAGAGCAAGGUUCCUUCCUGUCCAGCUGCAUGGUGAUGGUGCUGGUGAUGAACAUUUAUUCCAUGGGGAAGGAAGUGACGCAGAUGUACCACCAGCGUUUGACUUACUUCAAGGAUCCCUUUAACUAUCAGGACUGGACCGUGGCCAUCUCCUCUCUUCUCUUCGUCAUCCCCCUGAAUUUCAACGUUGAGGGGUCUUGGUACUGGCAGGCUGGGGCGAUGGCAGUCUUUCAAUCCUGGAUUAGCUUCCUCUUCUAUCUGCAAAGGUUUGAGCACUUUGGGAUUUACGUGGUGAUGUUUAACGAGAUUGCGAAGACAUUGUGGAAAAUCCUACUGCUUUUCUUCUUUCUGAUGCUGGCGUUUGCCUUGGUCUUCCAUGCCCUCAUGCUCAAUCAGAAAGAGUUUGAGCGACUGGACCUGUCUGGGGUCCAGAUCUUUGUGAUGAUGGUUGGAGAACUGAAUUACCAAAGCAACAUUCUGGACAUAUACCUAGACAACAAACUUCCAUUUCCCUUCCUCACUUUCUAUAUGUUUGUGGUGUUUGUCAUCCUCAUGCCGAUCCUGCUGAUGAACAUGAUGAUCGGUUUGGCAGUCGGAGACAUCGCUGAGGUAAAGAGAACCGCAGGUCUGAAGAGAAUAGCCAUGCAGAUCGAGCUCCACACCAAUCUGGAGGAAAAGAUGCCGUACUGGUUGUUGAAGAGAGUGGACCAGUCAUUCUUCACCAUCUACCCCAACCGCAAGUGCUCCAAGGCCUCAAUACUUAAUUUCUGGAGUCAAGGAGAAGCAAACGAAGUGCAGACUCGUCUAAUGACCAACUCAUCAAAUUCAACCUCUGUCGAGGCUGAACUACGCAGACAGAAGUACAGACUGAAGGAGAUAUCCAGUGUGCUGGAGAAGCAGCACGACCUGAUGAAGCUGAUGAUCCAGAAGAUGGAGAUCACCUCGGAGGCAGACGAACAUGACGGGCCCACAGAGGUCAAAGGUUACAGGCAGAGGUCAAACUGGGGCAAAGCCAAGGGCUCCAACUGGAUCCCGCUGAUGAAGGUCCUCGAGCGCAAGAACGUUUGAGUCCUUCAAUUCACUGUUGACUAGGGUUUCAAAAUUCAAUUUUGUCGGUUUUCCAGGAAUCCUGGGUGGAAGAUCCCUGGAAUCAGAAGGGAAUUAACAGGAGAUCCAGAAACCUCCAACCAGAAUUUGUGAAAACCAGGGAAAUUUUUAGGAAAGACCAGAAUUGUAAAUCCUCAUUCAUGACCAUCAACAAUAUGAUAAGAAUAUUUAAAAUAUAGAACAUUUUCAUUGUUAUAUAUAUACAAUACUUGAACUGAUAUUGUUUUCAAAAUUUACUGUAGGAUACUAUGAUUAGCAUGAAUGACUUCAUCAUUGGAGAAACUAUUUCUGAUGCACUUUUGAUUGGUUAAUUAUGGAUCUCUCUCUCUCUCUCUGCAACCACUAUACUUGUAUUUCUCAAUGUGUUCAUAGAUUCUUGUAUGCACGUAAUAAUAAUUGCAUGUGAUUGAAAUGAUUUGAAUAGUGUAUGUAUAUUUUAUCUUAUAACCUGUCUGAAACAUACUGGAACUGAAUGGUUGUAUUUUGGAUGGAACCAUUAAAAAUUAUCA